CUAAAUUGCUUAAUUUCUUUUCAAUUAAAAAAUAAAUAAAUAAGUAGACUAUAUUCAUUCAUUUUUAGAAAUAAUAAACUCCAACCAAGCCAAUGAUUUAGAUGUCUGAACAUCAAGAACAUCAUCACUAAAAUCAUAAAAAAAAAUAAAGCCUUCUACCAAAUAAUUUUAACAUUUAAUAAUCAAAGAAGGCUUCAAUGGAUAAAUCUUCUUCAUCAAAAGACUCCUCAUCGAGUGAAAGCUUCGACAUGUCUUCUGAAAUAAAUCCUUAUGAGAGUUCUGAUUCUUCAAGCUCAAGUUCGAAUUCAAAUUCAAAACAUUCGCAUGAAGAUGUUGCAUAAGAUAAAUAAAUAUCCUAAAAGCUCCCAACAUUGCACUCAAUUGAGAAGUCAAAAUAAAAUAUUACAUUUGUGCUGUCAUAUUAUCUACACAAAGAAAGCAACUUUCCUGAAAUAAAUAUGAAUAUUUCUAAGAUGAUUAAAAAAUUAAAUAUACCCAAAUUUGAUAUGGUCUUACUUUACAUAGCAGCCUGCUUUAAAGACAGAGAAUAUGAUCAACAAAUUUUGUUAGAAAAAAUUAAGCUAAAAUUCUUUGAAUUAAGUGACAAAAACGAUAAUGAAAAAUUAGCAUAGAUAAUUUAUAGCUUAGUUGAUGAUUAAGUGAAAAACGAUAAAGUUAAAAUCGGAAGUAUUUUUAUUGAGCACUCAACUUACUUUAUGUAGAGAGUUUUAGAAGAUAAAUAAAUUUAUUACGAGCUAUUUUAGGAUAUUCUUCAAUCAGGAGAUAUUAAUAUGAAUCUUUUGAUCCCUAAACUCUACAUACCAACAUCAACAUUAUACAUUUUGCUUAAUGAAAAAAAAUUUGAUUAAUUAUUAUUCCUAGUUAAAAAUAAUAUCAGAAUCAUGCAUACAUCCAUGAUAUCUUUUACAUCAAAACAUGAGCUCACUUAUGAAGGAUAUUUAAACAAACCCUUACUUAAAGUUAAUUUAAAAUUAUAUGCCUUAUUUUACACAGACAAGGUGAAGGACAACAGUAUAAUUAAGAAAUUCCUUUUGGAAAUUAGGUAGAGCUCUUAAGAGUAUAAAGAAUUGCUAAAGGUUUUUGUCAAAUAUAAACAUAAUUCUCUAGCUAAAGAUAUUUACAAAGCCCUAAUAGAUUGCAAUCAUAAUUUUGAUUAUAAAAUUCUAAACUUUUCUUUGAUGAAUUAGAAUUUAGAGUUUCUGUGGUUUUUGGGGAAGUAGCAAAAUGUAAUUCUAACUAGUUGGUUAAAUGAAGAAACCACAUAAAAAAUAUUAGUAGAUUAACUAUAUUCUGUAGAUGGAGUUUACUUUGAGUAUUUGAUUUACUAUUUAAAGAGAGUAAAGAGAUUUAAAGUGAAGCAAACCAUAAAAAGAAUGUGUGAGACAUUAAUUUUUAGAAUGCAGACUUGUAGAAAGGGAUAAUUUUUAUACACAUUUAACAAUCCAUUGAAAGUCUCUUUAAUUGUCAUGGAAUUACUCCAUCAGACAAAAGAAAAAGUUGUGCAUCAUACUAGUAGAUUGAAUAAGGCAAUUGAAUUAUAUUACAAAUUUGUAUAAACUUAUUGCUCUUUAAUAACUGAUGACUCACUUAUGAUUGAUAUCUUUAAAGAUAUUGACCUUGAAAAAAGAAAGGUUAUUUAUUUAAUUAACAACAACAACAGUGGCAUUCUCCAAUCAAAUCAAAUAGUUGAAGAUGCAAUUGAAUCUAUGUGGAAUGGUAAUGUUGUGCCAUAGGCAAAUCUGCUCAAGAUGUUUACAGUAACCUAAAAUCUUUUCUUUUCAGAAAUGAGUGAUUAUAUAAUUGAAAAGGAUCCAAAAAAGAACCAAAUUUUUAUGAUGAUUAACAAGAAUUAUCAAAACCAUCACUUUUCUUUAUAAAGAGUCGUUUGGACUUAUAAUUGCCGUAUUAGAAAUUAAAUAGAUCAGUGUUUAAUUUUAGUUCUAAUGGCUUUGAUAUUCAUUAAUUUUAGUAGUUUAUUUUAACCUUAAUAUGAUCUGUAAGCGCUUCUUUCAGCUAAUAAUUAUAAUUAUGAUGAUGUUUAUGAUCAAGAAUUAGAAAUUAUUCGAAACUUAAAGGAUGUUUACUUAACUUAUCAAAUUAUUUUAGACAUCAUUAUAGGUUUCAAUUUUACCUUUAAACCUAUCUUUAUUCUUUACUUUGAUUGGACUUAAAAAGCCUAAACUAAAUUCUCAGUCUAAGAUUUCUUUUGCUUUUUACUCGGAAUUUUAAGUUUUAUUUAAUGGGGCUUUAUUUCAAACAUAGAAGAUGUAGAAGAACCAAUUAGGUUUGAUAUUUUGAUAAUAUUUAGAGCUGUUUAUAUGUCUAUAGUUAUUGUUUAAUGUGUAUUUGCUAUCAAAAACUUCAAAGUAUUUGGUCCUAUGGUUAAAGCGCUUUGGCUUGUAGUCCUCGAAUGCUCUAAAUUCUCUUUUAUAUUUGUAUUGGUCAUUUUGCUAUUUGGAUUUUUAGCCUACUUUUCAUUUUUUGAAAAUAUCAAUGGUAGGUUUACUAGUUUAGACUAAGCUUUGCUAUUUCUCAUUGAAGCUCUUUUUGGGCAAUUUGCUUUUUCUGAUUUCAAUUAACCUUCACCUAUAUAUGCACCUAUAUUCCUAAAUGUUUAUCUCUUCUUUAUGCCUAUCAUUUUCAUGUAAUUAUUGGUUGCCGUUCUGACAUUUACAUUUGAGGCAGCAUCUAGAAGUGGUAGAAUUCAUUAUUUCUUAGGCACUAUCGAUAAUCUCAAAAAUUUAGAGUACGACCCUGUCAAUGGUUGUCUCGUUGCUAUUCCUAUUGUUGGAAACUUUAUAAAUAUCACCUUUAUAUUGACUCAUAUGCUCUCAGAUCCAGACCCUUCCGCUAAAGAAUAAAAUAUUGACACACUUAAAAAAGUUAAUAAAUUCUUAGUUCGAUUAGGAUAUUUCCCUAUAUAUGUUAUUUUCACAAUUUUUUGUGCUUUGAUGAUAAUAGUAUUUUCCCCAAUAUUCUACAUCGUUAAAUUCUACAGAAUUUUGAAUGAAACUAACAAGGAAGAAGGUUAUUCCAAAGGAAAAAGAUUAUUAAAAUGGAUUCUACUGGGUUAUUACUAUAUGCUAGUCUAAACUAUUCAAGACUUUAAAACUAACUAUCAAUACUUAAUGCAUGGUAAGUAUGUUAAUAUAAAUAACAGUCCUCAUAUAGACUAACAAAACAACUAGCAGUAGAUAUUAGCAUCUCUAACUAAAAACUGUCUCAAAAAUAUGGAAAAAUAAACUUCUAAAUUGCCUCUACCUUCCCUACAUUGAAAAAACUCAACUAAAAUAUGUUAUAAAAAUUGAACAUUUUAAAUUCAAAUUAUUUGUUAAUUUCUUCUAAUAUAAAUUAUAAAAAAAAUUAACUCUUAACACUUGCAAAAUACUUGUAUAAAUUAUUCAUAAAUGUAUUUUUCCUUCAUUCGAAUUAUUUGCAAUACCAUACAUAAAU